AGGGAGGAGAGAAAUUAUAGCCCUGGUUUCAUCAAGCCUUGCCUUAGUACAGCUGCUGAGUGUGUUUAUGGCUGAAGAUUUUUGCUGGAUGCUUCGGAUAAGGAAUAAUGGCCUUGCAGAUCCUCUCUGCAGGGAUUUGGUUCCACAGAAAUGAAGACAUGAAGGCUGUUGAAGUUCUUCCCAUCCUUAAAGAAAAGGUGGCAUUCUUAUCAGGUGGAAGAGAUCGUCGUGGAGGGCCAGUCCUUACAUUUCCAGCCAGGAGUAACCAUGACAGAAUACGACAGGAGGACCUCAGACGACUUAUUGCGUACCUUGCAGGCAUUCCCAGUGAGGAGGUGAGCAGACAUGGCUUCACGGUCAUCGUGGAUAUGCGAGGAUCCAAAUGGGAUUCUAUCAAACCUCUGCUGAAGAUCCUACAGGAAUCAUUUCCUUCCUGCAUCCACGUCGCUCUCAUCAUCAAGCCUGACAACUUCUGGCAGAAACAGAGGACGAAUUUUGGCAGUUCCAAGUUUGAAUUUGAGACCAUCAUGGUGUCCCUCGAGGGUUUGACCAAAGUGGUUGAUCCUUCCCAGCUGACUCCAGACUUCGAGGGCAGUCUGGAUUAUGACCACGAGGAGUGGAUCGAAGUUCGAGUGGCCUUUGAAGACUUCAUGAGCAAUGCAGCUCGUAUCCUUUCCCGUCUGGAAGAACUCCAGGACUUGGUGUCCCAGCGGGAGCUGCCGUCAGACCUGGACGGGUCUCGGCGUGCUAUGGAGGAACACGCCUCCCUGAAGAAAAAAGUUGCUAAAGCUCCUGUGGAGGAGUUAGAUACUGAGGGUCAACGCCUGCUUCAGCGAAUUCAGUGUGGGGAAAAAGGCAGAGGAGAUAUCCAGGGAUUAGCUCCAAAAGUCCAGGCGCUUCUGGAUAAACUCCACGCCACACGCCAACAUCUGCACCAAUCCUGGCACAUGCGCAAAAUUAAACUGGAUCAGUGCUUCCAGCUGAGACUCUUUCAGCAGGAUGCAGAGAAGAUGUUCGAUUGGAUCGUCCAUAAUAAAGGCCUGUUCUUGACAACCUACACAGAGAUAGGAGCCAACCAUCAGCAUGUGCUUGAGCUGCAGACCCAGCACAACCACUUUGCAAUGAACUGCAUGAAUGUGUAUGUGAACAUCAGUCGGAUCAUGUCCGUGGGGAACAGGCUGCUGGAGUCGGGUCACUAUGCAACCCAGCAGAUUCAGCAGAUCUCAGGUCAGCUGGAACAGGAGUGGAAAGCGUUUGCCGCUGCACUGGAUGAGAGGAGCACGCUGCUGGAGAUGUCUGCUAACUUCCACCAGAAAACCGACCAGUAUAUGAGCAACAUGGACUCUUGGUGUAAAGCCUGUGGAGAGGGAGAACUUCCUUCUGAGCUACAGGACCUGGAAGACACCAUCCACCACCACCAGGGUCUCUAUGAACACAUAACCACUGCCUAUUCUGAGGUAAGUCAGGAUGGCAAAGCCCUGCUAGAUAAGCUACAGCGGCCUUUGACCCCAGGAAGUGCAGAUUCGCUGACAGCCUCGGCUAACUACUCCAAGGCGGUGCACCAUGUUCUGGAUAUCAUUCAUGAGGUUCUGCAUCACCAGAGGCAGUUGGAGAACAUCUGGCAACACCGCAAACUUCGUCUUCACCAACGGCUACAGCUCUGCGUCUUCCAACAGGAUGUCCAGCAGGUUCUAGAUUGGAUUGAAAACCAUGGUGAGGCGUUCCUGAGUAAGCACACAGGAGUGGGGAAGUCUCUGCACAGGGCUCGAGCAUUACAGAAACGUCAUGAGGACUUUGAAGAAGUGGCUCAGAACACCUACACGAAUGCAGACAAACUCCUGGAGGCGGCAGAGCAGCUGGCUCAGACGGGCGAGUGUGACCCUGAGGAGAUCUACCAGGCUGCACACCAGCUGGAAGAUCGUAUCCAGGACUUCGUAAGACGGGUUGAACAACGCAAAGUCCUGCUCGACAUGUCUGUGGCCUUCCACACUCACAGCAAAGAACUGUGGACGUGGUUGGAGGAGCUUCAGAAGGAGCUGCUGGAUGAUGUUUAUGCUGAGUCAGUAGAGGCGGUGCAGGAGCUGAUCAAACGUUUCAGUCAGCAGCAGCAAACCACCCUGCAGGUCACCGUCAACGUCAUUAAAGAAGGGGAGGAUCUUAUCCAGCAGCUCAGAGACUCUGCAAUCUCCAGCAAUAAGACUCCUCAUAACAGCUCUAUGGCUCACAUCGAGAGCAUCCUGCAGCAGCUGGAUGAGGCCCAGGCUCAGAUGGAGGAACUGUUUCAGGAACGGAAGAUCAAAUUAGAGCUCUUUCUCCAACUCAGGAUUUUUGAACGAGAUGCCAUUGAUGUCAUCUCAGACCUGGAGUCAUGGAAUGAGGAGCUGUCUCAGCAGAUGAAUGAGUUUGACACUGAGGAUCUGACACUAGCAGAGCAGAGACUGCAGCAUCACGCAGAUAAAGCUCUCACCAUGAACAACCUCACCUUCCACGUCAUACACCAGGGACAGGAACUCCUGCAGUACGUCACAGAAGUUCAGGCCUCAGGUGUGGAGUUGUUGUGCGACCGUGAUGUUGACAUGGCGACGCGGGUGCAGGACCUGUUGGAUUUCCUGCAUGAGAAACAGCAGGAGCUGGACACAGCCGCAGAGCAGCACAGGAGACACCUGGAGCAGUGUGUGCAGCUCCGUCACUUACAGGCCGAGGUCAAACAGGUGCUGGGUUGGAUCCGUAAUGGGGAGUCAAUGCUCAAUGCAGGUCUCAUCACAGCCAGCUCUCUACAGGAGGCAGAACAACUGCAGCGGGAACAUGAACAAUUUCAGCACGCUAUUGAGAAAACCCAUCAGAGUGCACUGCAGGUGCAGCAGAAGGCAGAGGCUCUGCUACAGGCCAAUCACUACGAUAUGGACAUGAUCCGUGACUGCGCAGAGAAGGUGGCAUCUCACUGGCAGCAGCUCAUGCUGAAGAUGGAAGACCGCCUCAAACUGGUCAAUGCCUCAGUGGCUUUCUACAAGACAUCAGAGCAGGUGUGUAGUGUGCUGGAAAGUUUAGAGCAGGAAUACAAACGAGAGGAAGACUGGUGUGGAGGGACUGAUAAACUGGGACCAAACUCAGAGUCUGAUCACGUGACGCCCAUGAUCAGUAAACACCUGGAGCAGAAAGAGGCCUUCCUCAAGGCAUGCACAUUAGCAAGACGCAACGCUGAUGUCUUCCUCAAGUACUUGCACAGAAACAGUGUGAAUAUGCCGGGAAUGCUCGCACAUGUCAAAGCCCCUGAACAACAAGUCAAGAACAUCCUUAAUGAGUUGCUGCAGCGGGAGAACCGGGUUCUGCACUUCUGGACCAUGAGGAAGAGAAGGCUUGACCAGUGUCAGCAGUAUGUGGUGUUUGAACGCAGCGCCAAACAGCAAACCAAAGAGCGGGUAAAGUUGUUGAUCCAGCUGGCUGAUGGUUUUUGUGAGAAGGGCCACGCCCAUGUGAGCGAGAUUCAGAAAUGGGUCGCCUCGGUGGAUAAACGCUACCGCGACUUUUCCCUCCGCAUGGACAAGUACCGUUCCUGCCUGGAGAAAGCGCUUGGCCUGUCCACUGACUCCAACAAAGCGAGUAAAGGUCUGCAGUUGGACAUCAUUCCAGCCAGUGCUCCUGGUGCAGAGGUCAAGCUCAGAGACGCCAACCAUGAACUCAAUGAGGAGAAACGCAAAUCGGCCCGCAGAAAAGAGUUUAUAAUGGCGGAGCUCAUUCAGACCGAGAAGGCAUAUGUGAGAGACCUGCGGGAGUGUAUGGAUACAUAUCUGUGGGAGAUGACCAGUGGUGUGGAGGAGAUUCCCCCAGGGAUUGUCAAUAGAGAGCACAUCAUUUUCGGCAACAUGCAAGACCUAUACGAGUUCCAUCACAAUAUUUUCCUUAAAGAACUGGAAAAAUAUGAGCAGCUUCCAGAGGAUGUGGGUCACUGUUUCGUCACAUGGGCUGAUAAGUUUCAGAUGUAUGUGAAUUACUGUAAGAACAAGCCUGACUCCACUCAGCUGAUUCUGGAACAUGCGGGGACCUAUUUUGAUGAAAUCCAACAGAGACACAGGCUGGCUAAUUCCAUCUCAUCAUACCUUAUUAAACCAGUUCAGAGGAUCACCAAGUAUCAGCUUCUGCUGAAGGAACUAUUGACAUGUUGUGAGGAGGGUAAAGGAGAAAUUAAAGAUGGCCUGGAGGUUAUGCUUAGUGUGCCCAAAAAAGCUAAUGAUGCUAUGCACCUCAGCCUGCUGGAGGGUUUUGAUGAGAACAUUGAGUCUCAGGGUGAGUUGAUUCUGCAGGAGUCAUUCCAGGUUUGGGAUCCAAAGACUCUGAUUCGUAAGGGCAGAGAGCGGCACCUCUUCCUUUUUGAGAUGUCUCUCAUCUUCAGCAAGGACGUCAAAGACUCCAACGGAAGGAGCAAGUACCUCUACAAGAGCAAACUCAUGACCUCAGAACUAGGAGUUACUGAACAUGUGGAAGGAGAUCCAUGUAAAUUUGCACUCUGGGUUGGACGGACACCUACCUCAGACAACAAAAUAGUGCUGAAGGCUUCAUGUAUUGAAAACAAACAGGAUUGGAUUAAACAUGUUCGUGAAGUUAUCCAGGAGCGUACCAUCCAUUUACGGGGGGCACUCAAAGAGCCAAUCCACAUUCCCAAAGCCACUGCAGCCAAACACAAGGGCAAGCGGGAUGGAGAGGACCUAGACAGUCAGGGUGAUGCAAGCAGUCAGCCAGACACCAUCUCCAUCGCCUCCCGCACCUCCCAGAAUACACUGGAUAGCGACAAGUUGUCCGGUGGUUCAGAGUUGACGGUGGUCAUCCACGACUUCAUGGCCAGUAAUGGAUCGGAGUUGACUGUACGCAGAGGUCAGACGGUGGAGCUUGUAGAAAGGCCCCAGGACAAGCCCGACUGGUGUCUGGUUCGCACCACUGACCGUUCACCUGCCCAGGAGGGCCUGGUUCCCAGCUCUAUGCUUUGCAUCGCCCAUUCCCGAAGUAGCAUGGAGAUGGAGGGCAUUUUCAACCAUAAAGACACGCUCUCAGUCUCCAGUAAUGACGGAGGACUUUCGGGCAGUGCCACGCUGCAGCCGGGUCAUUUGCAGAGCUCUCCUGGACCCAAACGGCCCGGAAAUACUCUGCGCAAGUGGCUGACCAGCCCUGUCAGACGGCUCAGCAGUGGUAAAGCAGACGGCCAUGUGAAGAAACUUGCACACAAGCACAAGAAGAGUCGAGAUGUCCGCAAGAACGCAGACGCCGGCUCACAGAAAGACUCAGAUGACAGUGCCGCCACACCACAAGAUGAGACCAUAGAGGAGAGGAUGAGAAAUGAGGGACUGAGCAGUGGCACUCUGUCUAAGUCUUCCUCCUCAGGGAUGCAGAGCUGUGGUGAGGAGGAAGGGGAGGAAGGGCCUGACUCGGUUCCCCUGCCGCCCCCUAUGGCCAUCCAACAGCACAGUCUUCUGCAUCAGGACUCCCAGGAGGACAAGGCUACCUCCCGUCUGUCUGGACGUCUCAGCAGCUCAGAGACACCAAGUGCAGCUGAACUGGUCAGCGCCAUUGAGGAACUCGUCAAGAGCAAAAUGAGUCUGGAGGACAGGCCUAGUUCUCUCCCUGUUGAGCGAGGAGAUAGCAGUAGUCCUUCCUGCAACCCAUCGGAUAACUCCCUCCUGUCUUCCUCCUCUCCCAUCGACGAGAUGGAUGAACGCAAGACUGGGAUCCUCAAGAGACGACACUAUGUACUGCUGGAACUGGUGGAGACCGAGAGAGACUAUGUGAGAGACCUUGGUGCAGUCGUGGAGGGCUACAUGAACAGGAUGAGGGAGGAGGGUGUACCCGACGACAUGAAGGGCAAAGAUAAAAUCGUCUUUGGGAACAUUCACCAGAUUUAUGAGUGGCAUAAAGACUUCUUUCUUGGUGAGCUAGAGAAGUGCUUGGAAGACCCAGAUAGGCUCGCACCCCUGUUUAUAAGACAGGAACGAAGACUGCACAUGUACAUUGUCUACUGCCAAAACAAGCCCAAAUCAGAGCACAUUGUUUCAGAGUACAUCGACACGUAUUUUGAGGAUUUAAAACAGAGGUUGGGCCACAGGCUACAGAUCACAGAUCUACUGAUUAAACCAGUGCAGCGGAUCAUGAAAUACCAGCUUCUUCUGAAGGAUUUUUUCAAGUUCUCCAAAAAGGCUGGUUUGGACACUGUAGAAUUAGAGAAAGCAGUAGAGGUGAUGUGUGUUGUUCCAAAACGCUGCAAUGACAUGAUGAAUGUUGGACGUCUCCAAGGAUUUGAUGGUAAAAUUGUAGCCCAGGGAAGACUGCUUCUACAGGACACCUUCAUGGUCUCCGACCAGGAUGGUGGUCUCCUUUCCCGCAUGAAAGAGAGGCGUGUCUUUCUCUUCGAGCAGAUAGUUAUCUUCAGCGAACCUCUGGAUAAAAAGAAGGGAUUCUCUAUGCCGGGCUAUCUGUUUAAGAACAGCGUAAAGGUCAGUUGGUUGGGUCUAGAAGAGAGUCCUGACAAUGACCCUUGUAAGUUUAUUUUGACCUCGAGGUCAUCCGCUGGCAGUACAGAGCACUAUGUCCUCCAUUCCUCCAACCGGGCAGUUUGCCUAGUAUGGAUCCAGCAGAUCAGCAGCAUCCUGGAGAACCAGAGAAACUUCCUCAAUGCACUGACUUCACCCAUUGAAUACCAACGGAAUCAUGUUGGGGCAAGCGGUCUGGGUGGACCCAGCAGCAGUGGACUUCCGGGGGGUAGCAGCAGCUCUGCCAUGGUUCCCAGCUGUGGCUCUCGGUCCCGAGCUUCCCGAAUCCCUCAACCUUCUUCUCGUCUCCCCCAGCCUGUGCAGCACCACCACGCCCCCGCCCCAGAUGACCACACUUCAGGUACGUGUCCUCUUCCUGACCAGGACCUAAACGGUGAGGUCCCUAGGAUGCGGGUCCUGGAGAGCCCCUUGAAGGAGCUACGUGAGGAAGCCCAAUCAGGGACACCCAUUCCAAGAGCCACAGUCGCACCCCUGUCCCUAACAAAGCCCCGUCUCAGAGUCCCCUCGCCCAUUCUCUCCCCCUUGAACCCUCAGAACUUUGCAGUCCAGAAGGGCUCCCCGUUUUGGGCCUCAAUGCCAGUCUCGCCUACUGGCAGGCCUGGCUCUUACACAGAGCAGAGUGACCCGUUGAGUCGCAACCAGUGUCAGACUCGCAGGCACUCCACCCACAGUAAGGAGUUGGACCACAUCAGUACUUGCUCCUCCACCAGUGAGCAGUCCCUGCAUUCCACUCACAGCAAUGGGAGUGAAAGCAGCAGCAGCAGCAGUGUGUCAACCAUGUUGGUGACCCAGGACUACGUGGCUCUAAAAGAAGAUGAGAUCAGCGUGUAUCAAGGAGAGGUUGUACAGAUAUUGGCCUCUAACCAGCAAAACAUGUUUCUAGUUUUCCGUGCCGCCACAGAACAAGGCCCAGCAGCCGAGGGCUGGAUCCCCGGCUACGUUCUGGGUCACACCUCCACCGUCAUUCCCGACUACCCUGAUGGAACCCUCAAAUCAGGGACACCCAUUCCAAGAGCCACAGUCGCACCCCUGUCCCUAACAAAGCCCCGUCUCAGAGUCCCCUCGCCCAUUCUCUCCCCCUUGAACCCUCAGAACUUUGCAGUCCAGAAGGGCUCCCCGUUUUGGGCCUCAAUGCCAGUCUCGCCUACUGGCAGGCCUGGCUCUUACACAGAGCAGAGUGACCCGUUGAGUCGCAACCAGUGUCAGACUCGCAGGCACUCCACCCACAGUAAGGAGUUGGACCACAUCAGUACUUGCUCCUCCACCAGUGAGCAGUCCCUGCAUUCCACUCACAGCAAUGGGAGUGAAAGCAGCAGCAGCAGCAGUGUGUCAACCAUGUUGGUGACCCAGGACUACGUGGCUCUAAAAGAAGAUGAGAUCAGCGUGUAUCAAGGAGAGGUUGUACAGAUAUUGGCCUCUAACCAGCAAAACAUGUUUCUAGUUUUCCGUGCCGCCACAGAACAAGGCCCAGCAGCCGAGGGCUGGAUCCCCGGCUACGUUCUGGGUCACACCUCCACCGUCAUUCCCGACUACCCUGAUGGAACCCUCAAGAAGUCCUCAUCGUGGCACACAGCUCUACGCAUCAGACGAAAGUCCGAAAGGAGAGACAAAGAGGGCAGGAAAGAGAGCAAAUCCGAGAAUGGCUAUCGCAAGUCUCGAGAUGGAUCAGCCAAUAAGGUUUCUGUAAAGCUUUUGAAUCCCAACUACAUUUAUGAUGUUCCCCCAGAGUUCGUGGUCCCCCUGAGUGAGGUGGUGUGCGACAGGGGCGACAGUGUUACCCUCCGCUGUAAGAUCUGUGGGCAGCCCAAAGCCUCGGUCUGUUGGAGAGGGCCUGACCAGAGCACUCUCAGCAAUGGUGGACGAUACACACUCACACACAGUGAGACAGGGGAAGUGACCCUCCGUAUCUCACCUGCCUCUCUGGACGACAGCGGCACCUACACCUGCAUCGCCUCUAAUGACGUGGGCUCAGUGACAACAUCAGCCUACCUCAGGGUGCUUGGCACUUCCUGUGACGGCAUCCUCUGGAAGGAUAACUUUGAGUCCCUCUACACUGAAGUCAUGGAACUGGGGAGAGGCAGGUUUGCAGUCACUAAGUGGUGUGAGCAAAGAGGAAGCAGGCGAUCAGUGGCCGCUAAGCUAGUAAAUAAGAAGCUAAUGCGUCGAGAGCAGGUGGUUCAAGAGCUGGGUGUCCUACAGUGUCUUCAGCAUCCUCACCUAGUGGGCCUGCUGGACACCUACGAGACCCCAGCCAGUUACGUUCUCAUCCUGGAGAUCGCUGAUCAAGGACGUCUCCUGGACUAUAUUGUUAGCUGGGGGAACCUGACAGAAGAAAAGGUGUCUCUUUACCUGCGGGAUAUUCUAGAAGCUUUACACUACCUUCACACAUGCAGGAUUGCUCAUCUUGACUUGAAGCCCGAGAAUGUAUUAAUCGUGCAAACGUCAACCCAGCCUCUAGUCAAACUGACGGACUUUGGUGAUGCGGCACAUCUCUCCAGCACCCCGUACAUCCAGCCUCUGCUGGGCAGCCCAGAGUUCUCCGCCCCUGAGCUGGUGCUGGGUGAGCCCGCGGCUCUGGCGUCUGACCUCUGGAGUCUAGGCGUGCUGGCCUACGUGAUGCUCAGCGGGGCGUCCCCUUUCCUGGACGAGAGCGUCGAGGAGACCUGCCUCAACAUCUGCCGCCUCGACUUCAGCUUCCCGGAGGACUACUUCCGCGGCGUGAGUCCGGCGGCGCGGGACUUGGUAUGCGUCCUACUCCAAGGCGAGCCGUGCAGACGUCCCUCUGCGCAGGUUUGCCUGCGUGAGCAGCCAUGGCUGCAGCCCAACGCAGCCUCUGGAGCAGCUCGCCUCAACACUUCCAGACUCAUCUCUUUUAUAGAGCGGAGGAAACAUCAGAACGACCUGCGACCCGUGGCCAGUUUCCGAGCAUUCCUGCGUAGUCGCCUGCUUAGCCAGAGCUGAGAGAAACGUCGAGUGCAAAUCUUGUUCUCCUGCAGUUCUGAGUAGGAUAUUAAGGAAAGUAUAGGUUGCUGAUAUAUGCUGAAAUCUCAUCCUGCUUUUAGAGUCAUUCUGAAACGGUUCUGGGUCUCUGUUACUGUAACUGCUGCUGACAAAACUCUGAAGUCCCCUUUUCCAACCCUUCAAAAAUCAUUUCUGCUACAUGUACAUGUUCUCUCUUUGUAUGGACAAAGCUUACAAGAAAAAAAAAAGUGAAUUAAGAAGGUCCUUUUGAAGGUUUUUCCCUGAGCCAGAAAGGUUUAGCCUCAUGUUCGGACAGUAUUUCAAUCAGGUUGUUUCAGUGGAGUACUGUAAUUUGAAUAGCUACAUUCAGGAAUGAUUACAUUUUGUACAAACCAUGUAUAGAAGCACAGAAAAGAUGAUAUCUUUGUCCUGAACGUUUUGGAGAGAGAAAAAAAAAAGCUUAUUUAAAGAUUUAAAGGGAAGCAUUCAUCUCAAGUUCUAUGUUUGAUAAACAUACAGUCAGUCAUAUUGGAAAUCGAUCAUAACAAAUGAAACGACUUUUAAUAGCUGCAACUCUUUCGGACGAGAAGUAAAAGAUAAACUUUUGAUUUCAACUCACAUCUGUCUAUCAGCCUUAUGUUGUAAAUAAACUGGACCUGCCUUCAAUCAUGUUAAUUUGCAGUGUUUGAAAUGCUUUCUCAUUGGCUGCUCAAGACUUUCAACUGACCAGUUAGAAUACAAGCUGGAAAGCCGCCGAAGGCAGGAAGUGUCGGUAACCACAGCAAAUGUGCACUCUUUGUAACUUGUUGAAAAGUGCAAUGUUGGGGCUUUACCAUUUUGCAGCUAUUUAUAAUGAUUCGUGUUAAAUCAACAUUGUUAAGUACAUGUGUCAGCCACUGCGAGUUAAGAUAUAAUGUGUCCGUGGCUCUUUUGCUGAGAUUUCUGUGUUCAGUAUUAUUUUGUACGCUUAAGCCUCAUUGGUGAAAAAUAAUUUGUGUCUUUGUCACACUUUGGUUAUGAAUGUCGUUAUUUUUAUCGUUAUACCAAAGUUACAUAAAUGCUUCUUCAUCUCCCUGUGUGGUGGUUAUAAUUUGUAAGUUAUGAAUGCAGUUCUGACUCCUGGAGCAGGAGUUUACUUGUAUUGAUUGUUGAUUUAUUUAUUGUGUCUUGUUCGGUUUUUGUUAAUCGAAUUGAAUUGAAGUAGUGCUUCAUAUUGUCAGAUUAUUAGGAAUUUUCAUUUCCAUAUCUGCUCAUUGUAGCAGUAGUCUGUUAUUGUAAGUUUGCAUGACUAAAUGACAAGAAUUAUUCUUUGUUUUCAGUUCACCUUGUUUUAAAUACAAUGAGAUGAAUCGUUCCCCAUGUACUGUUUCUGCUGUACAGGAAGAAAGUAUAAAGUGAAUUGUCUCCAAAUUGUGGGUUGAAGUUUAAGAGGAAAGUCGCAGUGCUCUAAUAAUCCAAAAUAACAACGGUUAACCCUUGUCACUAAAACCUAGUUGCAAUUAUUGCUGAAUAUAAAGGAGGUGAAUAACAUGCUGCGUCAGUAAUGUUAGUAUGAUUUUUCAUGUUUUAUUUAAGUUAGUUUCUCAUAAUGUAUAGAUGUACAGACACCUGGACGUAGCGACACCCUGUUUUUUUACAUAACAAUGUCAUUUUGAAUGUUUUUGACUCGAUGUUAUUUUUGCAUGUAUAUUUCUUUGUACAGAAACCAUACAUGUUUGCACAUUCUGUGCUGUACAUAAGUAACUUUACCCUUGGUUAUUUUUGAGAUUAAACAUCUGAAACAUUUUAUUCGUA